GCACCGUCGUUACUGGUCACUACCAGCUCGUUGUUAAAGCGAUGUGUUGCCGCUGCUGCGGGCACGGCUGCGCCGGAGCUGUUGUUUAGCUCAAAACAGGAGCUCAAAAUGUAUUAAAAAGGAGUCCCCAACAAAUUAAAAAACGACUAUUAAGGUAUCAGCCUACCUGUCAGUCUACAUAUUUACUUCAUCCUGAAUGCUGGUCCAGGAAAUCAACACAUAAGCAUGUUGUUGUGAAGAGAGAACAUAUUUGGGUAGGAUGCAGUCUUCAAACCACCGACUGCGAGAUAUGGAGCAGCACCACCCGCUGCUGUCGGCAGGUUCCGAUGUGGAGUCAGGGAGCCUGUCGGCCGAUGUCAUGGUCGGGGGUCCCCAUGCCCAUGCAGCAGGAAACCGCACACUGUGGUUUAUUCAGGACAGCUGUGGGAUGGUGUGUGCAUCCAUCACCUGGUUCCUGGUGCUCUACGCUGAAUUUGUGGUGAACUUUGUCAUGCUGCUGCCGAGCAAGAACUUCUGGUACUCCCUGCUGAACGGGGCCGCAUUCAACUCUCUGGCUGUGCUUGCAUUGGCCUCACAUCUGCGUACCAUGCUGACUGACCCGGGUGCAGUUCCUAAGGGAAAUGCAACCAAGGAGUACAUGGAGAGCUUACAGCUGAAGCCCGGUGAGGUCAUCUACAAGUGCCCAAAGUGCUGCAGCAUCAAGCCUGAGAGGGCACACCACUGCAGUAUUUGUAAAAGAUGUAUCAGGAAGAUGGAUCACCACUGUCCCUGGGUCAACAACUGUGUGGGAGAAAAGAAUCAGAGGUUCUUUGUACUUUUCACUAUGUACAUAGCCUUGAUUUCGGCCCACGCCCUGGCCCUCAGCGGUAUGCACUUCUUCAGCUGUAUUAAAGUCCAGUGGAACGAGUGCAGCGACUUUUCUCCGGGGGUAUCUGUGCUGCUGCUGAUCUUCCUCUGUCUUGAAGCCAUCCUCUUCCUCACUUUCACAGCUGUAAUGUUUGGUACACAGAUCCACUCCAUCUGCAAUGAUGAGACGGAGAUUGAACGUCUUAAAAAUGAGAAGCCUACUUGGGAGCGUCGCAUGAGAUGGGACGGGAUGAAAGCUGUGUUUGGGAGUCCACCCUCCGUGCUAUGGUGUAAUCCAUUCACAGGCCUGCGUCUGAGGCGCUUGUUGCUGUUGACACAAGGUCGCCGGGGCGGAUCUGAGUUUUCUGUCUGAGAGCAGGGCAGACUCAUGCCGCUAAACACUUAGUCCGCCUCUUGAGCGAUAUUUAUUUGUUUCCGGGGGAGCAGAGAUGAGCCUCUGCUCCCUGAGGCUGUUCUUCAUGUGUGGGUGACACAACUGACUGGCUGCUCCAGUGCAACACUACCACCACUGAAAGUUUGUCUUAUCACUUGCACAUGCUGAAAGUGACCCAACACCUUUGGUCUGCACGAGUACAACUGGAAUAUUGGUUUUAACAUGAGCAGCUUUUUUGGUUUCAGUGUGUGUUUUUAGGUAAAGCAUGCAGUUUUUAUUCCUGGUGAGACCUUCCAAGGUGUCGUUUGAGCUCAACUCAUGCACCUUGAGAAGACUGCUGCAGGAGUUAGAUCAUCACUAGACCAAGACAAGUCAAGUUAAAUGGCCGAAAGCUUGAAACUGUUUCAUGAAGCCAGAUGAGUCAAGGACAUGCAUUACUUAAAUGGCACUUGAGGAGAAAGAUUGGAUAGUGCGCAGAGAGGACUUCACUAAAAGAACUGUGCUGCCUCGAUUUGCAUGUGUAACAGCUGGAUCAGUCGGUAUCUCAGCCUGAAAAUGAGCCUUUCACUAUGUUCGGAUGAAUGAACAGGAAACUGUGAACACCUCAUUGUUAUUUGACAGGACUGAGUGUCUUCUCUUAUCUGCUCAUCUUCUUUGUCAUGUUUGUCUCCUCAAGCUGAAAUUGUUGAUUCUUUCUCUUUCGGCUACUUGGGCCAGUAGAAAUAUUUGUUUCCUCUGUUAACAACUGCCGAAGCCUCUUUAUCAUCACAGUGACCACAACUCAACAGUUGACUGUUGUGAUUCUCUGGAAAUAAAUACUUUUGUUUCAAAUCCUUAUUUGUGGGGGGGGAAGAAUCACAGUUUUGUAUUACUUGUUCAGUGUCUGUACAUGUGCUAUUCCUCCCCUCCUUCAUGCUGCUCCAAAUCCUAUUUUCAGCAAAUGAUCUAUCACUUGAUCCACUCAUAUGCCUCCUUGGGUUUUCAUAUCAGAGCAAUAUAGGUUGAACAACAUUGCCUGCUGAAAAAACUGAAUGUUACUCAGUUUGAAUUUACUUGCACACCGUUUUUCCUAAUGUAAAGAACUUCUGUUUAUAGUCAGCGUCCAUAUGUAAGAGUAACAGUUGGAUAAAAAUUCACAGCAUUUAAACUCCUAGAAACAGCGACACAAAUGCCCUGAGACAUAGCCAAGUCGCAGAUAUGGCCAAGUCGCAGACAUAGCCAAGCCGCAGCUAUGCUGGCUUUGCAUGCUCCUCUGCGAGGAUCUGGUGCCACAUUUUGAAUAGCAGAACUGGAGACAUUAGCACAAUCCCUUUUUGGCUCUCGUGAGCUCAUUUUGGUCUCAAGGGCCAGCCUCCAUUGUGCAGCCUGCCUGUAGAAUUACAAAGGAGCUGCUUUGCAGAAAGAGGCUGAGGUAGCUGGCUCGAUACAAUCUUUAACUCUGAACAAAGUCUUAAGGAGCCCGGCGAAUGCUUCAGAGGCCUUUCCUACUUCACUCCAGAAAUGUCAGUCCUGUUACAUCUAGCAGAUUAUUUAAAUGUAUUCUUGCCUUUAAAUUGAAGUGAAAUGAUCAGCUUUUGUAUUGCCAUAUUUAUGAAAGUGUUCCCACACUAUUUGACAGCUUGUCUCCCAUUUUUGACAUAAUCAAUUGGCCUGUUUGCACUGAAAGGAUGAGACUUGUUGAAUCUAAAGUUCAGGGUUUAACCUCAUGCUUGAAUGGCAGGCUCUUAUUAUCAAAGUAUUGACAAAUCUAGAUUAUCCAAGUGUCACUUUUUAUUUUUUUUACUGCAUACCGCUUUUUGUUCUCAUCUGUGGUUGUCAGGAGAAGGAACUCAGUCUCCACUGUUUACACUAAAUGAUCAUAUCUGUUGCUGUAUGACUACAACAUGUACUUAGAAUGUAAAAGAUCUUUUUGUGGGGCUAAGUGACACAGCACUUCAGCCAACUGAUAUCAGGGGAUUUAUUUAAAGCUGUCCUCACAUGUCUAAUUGUAUUCUGCAGGACUGCAUCACUUUACCAACCAACACCUUUCUUGUUUUUUUCUAUCGGUAUAGUUUGGUCAAUAACCGUUUCUUUUUCUCAAUUCAGUAGCCCUUUGUUUGAAUUAACCUUGAUUUUGAUUUUGUGUGUAAUACAGCAGAGUAAAUGUACACUUACCAUACACAAAGAAAAUUCCCAUACAAGCUGUCAGUUUCAAUUAUACAUAGGAAAUGUCUGUCUGUUUGACAGUUUCACACAUACUUUGUUUCUAUUAAAAAAAUACUUUGCAGGUAUUGGUGGCAAACAAAACAUCCAGAGCCAGCAAGAGUUCUCUGAGUCCAAUAAUAGUAACAGUGGCAGUACUAACAAAAAACUCAAACACUUAACUCUUACAUGUAUUUGUAGGAAGUAGCAGAUCAUGGGCCUUUUUGAAUUGAAGGACAUUGCUGCGUUGAAUGGAUGUCAAUAUUCAAUGGUGAAUGGUGUGUUUUGUGCAAUAAAUUGGGCUUGAUUCAUGUAAACAA